AUGACUGAUAUUCUAGAGCGCGUAGCUGAUAGACAAGGUCCUGGACCGCUUAACCAACCUGGGGGUCAGGAAAGAGGAGAGGAUAGAGCUUUAGGGAGGUUCUUAAAUUUCAAUCCGCCUAAGUUUCUUGGAGAACCAGAUUCUGAAAUAGCAGAGUAUUGGUUAGAGAGGAUGACCAACAUAUUCGCCACCCUAGAUUAUAUUGAGGAUAGGCGAGUAAAUUUUGCUGCUUUUCAAUUUGAGGGAGUAGCUCGUGUUUGGUGGGAGAUGAUAAAAGGAAAAUGGGAGAGAGUUCAAACCCCUUGGACCUGGGAGAACAUCAUGUGGGAAUUUAAUGAAAAGUUUCUUCCACCCUUGAUUCACGAAAAGAGAGAUGAUGAAUUUAUAAAGUUGAAACAAGGAGUCCUUAGUGUGGAGGGCUUGGCUGCAACCCAAAUUUUUACUUUUACUGAGGCUUUAGAGAAGGCACAAAGGGUUGAAAGUGCAAGACUGCAAGUGAGGGACUUUCACAAUAGAAAGAGAAAUUUUUCUAGCUCUGCGUCUGGGCAGGCUAGUAAAAGUGCACAACCUUCCAAGAUGGGAAGAGAAAUUGGAGGAAUAAGGACCACUGGAGCUUCUAGGGAAGCGUUAUCCAGUGAAGGUCGCAGUGGACCGGCUCAGGCUAGAGGAGCGCCUUCUAUUGGUUCGGCCGUGACUCCUCAAGUUUCUUGUGGGUACUGUGGUAAAUCCAACCACUCUGAAAAUGACUGCUGGAGGAAAUUGGGGAAAUGUUUAUUUUGUGGUAGUGCUGAACAUCAAGUCGCCAACUGUCCGAAAUUACCAAAAAUAGGAGGUAACCCUCAGAGACCAGAAAAGUCAAACUCUAAGCAGACCAAUGCCGGAGGAAGUCGACCAAAAGUACCGGCUAGGGUUUAUGCACUGGAUUAUCAACAAAUUCCUGAAACGACUGAAGUGGUUGAAGGAAAGACUAAUGUAGUGGGCGAUGCUUUGAAUCGUCAAGUGCAAAUGGCUGGAUUGAUGAUCAAGGAAUUGCAAUUGUUGGAAGAAAUUAGUUAUUGGAAUCCUUGA